AUGACGGGACCCGCCGCGCAGACUGCCUCGAACGGUGAUGAGAUCACCAACGUUGCCUCUACUGUCACCCACGCCCCGGGCACCGAACGGCUGUUCCAGUCCGGCCAGCCUGGAAGUGCAACCAAUGAGCUGCAGUUCAUCCAGCAUGGCGACAGCCGGAUCCUACUUGUGCCGCAGCCGUCGCUGACCGACCCCAAUGACCCACUGCGGUGGUCCCUCACCAAGAAGUGGGUGACGUUCCUGAACGGCAUCGGGUAUGCCUUCAUGGGCAGCGUGACAGGGCCGAUCAUGGCGGCGGGUAUGAUCCCACUGUCCCUGACAUUCAACACCACGCUGCAGAAGUUGACGUACGCCAACGGCGCGACGUUGAUCUGUCAGGGCGUCGGGAACAUCUUCUGGAUGCCUUUCGUCAUCAAGUUUGGACGCCGGCCCGUGUACACCUUGUCGACCCUCCUGAUGGGCGUUGCCUGCGUGUGGCUCGGGCUCGCAUCCACGGCGUCGUACACUCCGUUUCUCAUCGGACGAGCGUUCCUGGGCCUGUUCGAGGCGCCCAUCGAGUCAAUCCUACCGACCACCAUCACCGACAUCUUCUUCCUCCACGAUCGUGGCGAGAAAGUGUCUCUCUACGGACUGUCCUUCUCAGCCCUCAUCAUCCAGCGUCUUGGUAUGUCCUGGGCCUUUUACAUUGUGGCCAUGUUCAUUGGCCUCAACCUCUGCACCAUGAUCUUCUUCAUGCCCGAGACAAUGUACCGAGGGGCACGGCCGUCGUCGACACCCCUUGACGACGCCGAGGAUGUCAAAGGUGUCAAUGUCGAAAAGGUUGAGGACGCUGGCGCCAGCAACUCGGGCGAUCCUUCCGCCGGCACGGUGACCGGCCCGCCCAAGAAGAGCUUCCUCCGCAGCCUUGCUCUUUGGGAGAAGCCCGACGCGAGGGUGAGCUUGCGGAAAGUAUUCCUCCGCCCGUUUGUGCUUCUCACCUACCCUACCGUGCUCUGGGCAUGCCUCGUCUACGGCAUGUCACUCGGGUGGAACGUCAUCAUCGGCGCGACAGUCGCGCAGCUCUUUGCGGAGCCGUACGGGUUCGACUCGCAGGCCCAGGGUCUGAUCUUCCUGUCGCCCUUUAUCGGGUCGCUUGUUGGAAGCUGGCUCUGCGGCUCGCUCUCCGACUCCAUUGCCAACUACUUUACGCGCAAGAACGAUGGCAUCCGCGAGCCGGAGAUGCGCCUGCCGACGUGUGUCAUCGCCACGGUGCUCACCUUCAUGGGCGCGUUGACGGCAGGUCUAUGCUACCACCACAGAACCCACUGGAUAGGACCCGUGUUCGGCUUUGGUGUUUUGACGGCGGGAGCCCAGGUGGGGGUGUCGCUGUCCAUGUCGUAUGCGUUGGAUUGCCACAAGGAGCUGUCUGUCGAGCUUAUGGUGACGGUAGCAUCGCUCAAGUCGCUCAUAGCCUGGAUAUGGACAUGGGUCAUCAACGACUGGAUUGAUGCCAGCGGUAUGCUCACCGUGUUGAUGACCAUUGCGACCAUCAAUGUCGUAAUCCACCUGACCACACUGUGGCUCUAUCUGCGAGGCAAAAAGAUUCGUAUCUGGAUCGCCGAGAGGGAUAUGCUGGGACGAUGCGGCUUGCAACGAUGGGCGUGA